UUUUGUAAAUGUCGUAAAUUGUAAAUUUGCGAUGUCUGAACAUAAAAAUGUUUUGAUUUACGAUAUGAAUUGGUGUAAGUGAUUGCAAUUAAUUAACUAAUUAUUAUCCUUUCUUUCAAUAACGAUUGGUAUUAAACAAAAUGAGUGACUCUGCCAUUCAAACCUUGGAGGCAGCGGCACAAAUAUUGAUGGCACCACCAAAUCUAGUGACACCAGAACAACGCCAUCAAGCUGAAAGUGUCUUCUUAGAAUUUCGCACAACAAAAAAUCCUUAUCAAUUGUGUCGUGAGAUUCUCGAGAAGUCUACAUCGGAAUAUGUGCUAUUUGAGGCUGCAGGUCUAAUAAAAGCAGGUCUUAUAAGAGAAUGGAGUUUAUUAUCCAAAGAAGAUACUUCAUCAAUACGAGAGUAUUUACUAAAUUACUUGCUGAGAAAAGAAAAUCCACCAUUUGUGAAAGAAAGAUUACUACAGACUAUAGCCGUAAUCAUUAAAAGAGGAAGUGUUGAUGAUGGAGGUAGGGAAAGGAAAGCUUUAUUAGCUGAAUUAGAGAAAAUAAUUAUAAGCCCACCUAUUAGCCAACAGAAGCUGGCAUGUUCCUUGAUAUUAGCUAUAAUGCAAGAGUUUGCAAUCACAGUUAAAACCGCAGAUGUUGGUUUAAUAUGGGAGGUGCAUUUUCGUUUGAAGAAAUCAUUUGAAACACUGAAUUUAAAGAGAAUAUUUCGAUUUACGAUUGGAGUGUUGGAGCAAAUUAUACGCUCAGGACAUCCACCUGAAGGUGAACAAGCAAUGCUAACAAAACAGUUGAUUACAAUUAUAGAAACAAUACUUUGCUGGAGUCACGUAUCCCCUUUACUAUCGAAGCGUUUGAUUGGUGCAUUCGAAGCUAUCUAUGAAAGUGAGACAGCGCCCGCUUUGAGGUUAAGUAUGAAUUGGCGGGAUACUAUAAUGAAACCAGAACUCAUAGCGUUGUUCUUUGAACUACAUAUAUAUGUUAGGUCAAAUCCAGAGUUAGCUAAUCCGUCAUUGACUUGUCUAGUGCAAUUGGCAAGCUUAAGUGGAGUAGUAGUGUCAGCUAGUAACUUGAAACAACAAUACUUAGAGAAUUAUGUGAAUAAUUUUCUGCGAAUGUUAUCAUUUAUUCAGCCAAAUCAUAGGGAAAUGCUCGGUAUAUCAGAGAUAUAUCGCAGAUUGAUACAGUUUUUUACUCCUACCUUGAUAGCUGGGACACCUCCAGCAUUUCUACAAUACCUGACAACAUACACAUGCCAUUGUAUAAGAGGAUCAAUUAUAGAAGAAGGAUUGAAUGAAGACACAGUAUUAAGAGAAGCGUUGAACAAAUUUUUGCAUACUUGGAGUUCUUUGGUACAUGAUGUUGAUGGAUACACAACGGAAACAUUACAAAAUCCAUGCAUAGAAGUGUUCAACACAUAUUUGCAAUGUAGAUUAGCCCCUCCCGAUGGUACGAGGGGACUAGAAGCUAAGGAUGGCUGUGAUGAAGAUAUAAAGGACGAUAUAGAGGAAGACGAGAGACAGUUACAUAAUGAAGUGUUGAUGACUAUAGGUGCUAUGGCACGCAAAGCGCCCGCACACUGCUGCCAUUUGUUGUUCACUUUGCUGCAGGAUAGAAGUAAAAGAUUGGAAAGUCAGCUGCAAUUAAUGCACACGGGCAAGUUACCAGUGUCUAGUGCAGAUCAAUUGUCAAUGCUGUUUGAAGAUUUACAUUGGAUUUUGAUGAUUAUUGGACAUUUCCUAUCAACGGACGGGUCAGGAGAGGCGAGGAGUGAAGCCAAUGUGCCAUCAGAGUUGAUGCAGUACAGUAUCAGAGAAAACGCUAAUAUAGACGCAUCGCUACGCUAUUUGGUCGGCGAGACGACCUCACAGGAUAAUAUCGACCCUAUUCUUAAAUUAAUUGGCUUAAUUAUACGUAUAAAUGAAUGGGAGUGCGCAGCUUUAGAAGCGGGUUUCGGUGGUGUGCUGAGUCCAGAACUUUCCGCGACCGUCUCAUGGCUGCUCAAAGUCUGGGCUAACUCAUAUUUAAUGCUAGACCCUGCGGAUUAUACAGAAAUGUCGACAGUACUAGAGUGUGCAUUCAGACAAGAGUCAGAGGGUGCGGUGUGGGCGGUGCGGCUGUUGGCCAAGCGCGCCGGCGUCGUACUGAAACAUCUCUCUGCGCAGCCCGUCGCCGCCAAACAUGUUGUACAACUGUUGGCGCAUUUGGCAUACGCUUAUCCAAAUCGAAAUCAGUUAGCGAAUUGUGAAGAGUUCGUAGCUCUGGUGGCGUGGGAAGUGUCAGGAAAUAACCUGCCGGGGGAUCUCAGGAAGGAAUUGCAUAAGGUGUUUGCGCGACUUGCUUCCUAUACAGAAGGUGAGGCCAAGAAUUGUCUGGUAGCGAGUACUGCGGCGCUGCAACAGAAGUUGUUGGCGCUGCUGAGUGUGCAAGAGGACACGGAGCCCGUGCGCACCGCACUGGCGGAUAUCCUCGACUGUUACUGCGGCAUCUCGGAGGGAAUGCUCGAGAUAGCAGCUAUGGAUGAGCAAGUGACAAUGCUGUAUAACGCGUUGGACAAAGUGCCGGCCAUCAUCUUCAAGUACCACAACUACCCCGGCGUGGUGCUGCCGGCUCUCAAUCUACUUGCUAAAUCAGCUAAGAACGCGAUGCAUUGCCAGAACCAGGAUACCGUUAAUAAGUUUGUGGAUAUUUGUCAAACGACUUUCGAAGUUUACGCUCGAUGGAACUCUGGAAAGAUCUCAAGCAUACCUCAAGAUGUUGAAGAAGAAGCUUACGACGAUAUCAUAGCGUUGAUGGAGCUUGUGCGAUGGUUGUCGUGCGGGGCGGGGGGUAGUGGGCGAGGGGGGUGUGCGCGUGGCCUACGUCUGCUACUGCCGCUGGUAACACCCGCACUACUCGCACUGCCCACACUCGCGCACUCCGCAUUCCGUCUACUCAGAGAUUUGGAACAAGCCGACGAGCUCACAAAUCUACCUAUACAAGAUUUUAACAUGGUGAUCGCGGCGUUACGUAUCGGUUUGACCGCAGUGUCUAGCGAUGUGUCCACAUUAUGUUGUGAGACAAUAGUCGGUCUGUCAAAUAGAGCGCAGACAAUGGGCGAAGAUAAUCGAUAUUCAGUGGCGUUAUUGAGCUUAGCACAGUUGUUACUAAUGUUGAUAUUAAAAAUGGAGAUACCACCAGAUUCUAUACCAGCGGCUGGAGCUGCGAUUUACUCUUUGACGUGCGUCAGACCAUCUCUCUUAGAAGGUUUAGCUCGACAAGUGAUAGAAGCAUUUGCAGCCAACGAUCCAGCUAAUGUACCAAGACUGGAAGAUGCUUUCAGGUUAUUAACCAAUGGAGUACUCUUCGAUGGUUAUAGACCACACAAGAUAAGAUUCCAGGAUAACUUUGAUAAGUUCCUGUCUAGUGUGCAUGGAUUCCUUAUCGUCAAGUAAGUAGUGUUGCGAUGCGAGUCUAGAAAUCGAUUUACUCAAGUCUUAUAUCGUUAAAAAUCGAUAUUUGCUUUACGAUUUGGUCUUGGAGUAAAAUAAUUUUGACAUUGACACUCAACAUGUUUGUUUCUUAAUGUAUCACAUUAGGAGAUACAAAAUAAAAAGUGAGUGAAAACUGGUAAUAACCAGAUUAUUUAACGGUUUAAA